AAACCUAACAAACAGAACUAAAAAUCCUCUUCUCAAUCUUAAGCCUUCAGUAUUUGCUGAGUUCGAACUAAAAAUGAUGGUUUUUCCUCUUUCCAUCAACACGAAACCAAAAGUAGUGAUGGUAUCCUGCACUCGAUUCCUGCACGAUCAGAGAUGAUUGAAGCUGGCUAGCGAGGAAGGGUGAAAGUAGUUGACAGUAGCAGUUAAUGAGAUUCUUGAGGUCGAGCAGACGGCGAAUCUGAGGCAUAAGCAAAGGACUGUGCAUUUGACAGAGCUUCACAUGGAAUUUAACACCUAACAGGUUUCGUACAAGUUCAAGUUAGGUCAUGUAUGUGUUACUUUCGAGGGCUAAGGAGUGAUCCAUCUUUGCCGGGUACGUGUACGAUAUCUAUCUCUAUAUCUGGGGAGUGAUCCAUAUUUUCGGGGGGCGUAUUAUUUUUCUAUAUAGCAGAUUAGCUGGCUCCAAAAAAAAUAUAAUAAUAAUAAUAAUAAUCCAACUGAUUGAAAAAUUACAAAGAGUGGGCGGAAAACUUUGGAGAGAUUGGAUAGGAUUGUUCUAAGGAGGAGUGGGUGGCUGUGCAAUGGGAUAUAGAAAGUGGCAGGGAGUGAAGAAAAAACUUUGUGUUGGGAAGACACUUGGGUAGGAACUGAACCACUAAGAAUAAAGUUUGAAAGAUUGUAUAGACUAGCUUUAGUCAAAACAACAAAAAAUAAUGAGAAAGGAGAAUGGAGGCUGGAGUUGGAAUUGGUAUUGGAGAAGAAGUCUGUUCACUUGGGCGGAGGAGUUAUUGGAGGAAUUAUGUCGGUGUGUGAGCUUUGUUGUUUUGCAGGAAAGGAAGAAGGAUGGGUGGUGGCAGUGGUCCACUGAUAUUUAAUUAGCCUACACGUUGAAAUCUGUCAACAAAAUGCUGACAAAAAACAAUCAUUUAACAGGAUAAGAAGGUGAACAAGCUGCUAUGGAGAAAUGUGGUCCUGUUAAAGGCUGCUGCGUUAUGUCUGGAAAAUGAUGAUUCAGGAAAGAAUACCAACCAAGAGGGAUUUUAAACUCCCCAUCUAAUUUAAAGUGCGGGCCCUGUGGGGAAGAUGAAGAGACAACAGAUCAUCUUUUUGCAAGAUGCGAGAAAAGGCAUGGAUAUGUUUGGAGCAGAAUGGAUGGAUUGUGGAAAUUAAUAUAAGUGCUGUGCUACAUAACUUGUCAUGGGAUGUUUGUUCAACAUGAAGGCCUGAAUCCUAUGAAAAGAAAAGACAAAUUUUGGAUGCUACUAGUCGUCACGGCAUGCUGGAAAUUUUGGAAUUGGAUAAAAAAAAUUUGUUCCACAGCAAGGAAAGGAGCGUGUAACAGACUAUGGAUUUGAUCCAGGUUAGAUCAUGGAAUUGGAUUAAGUCUAAAAAUUCUAAAUUCUAGUAUUGCACGUAGCAAGAAAAAAAUUGUAAUUAUAUAUGAGUUUGAGUAUCUAUUGUAUUUUAAAAAAAAAAUAAUAUUUCAUAGUUGAUAAAAAUUAUAUAUCGAUGUUCUCUUUGAGCAGGAUAACGCUAGUACUAUCAUUUUCUGAUCAACUUCAUGCAUAAUUGCAGAGUUAAUAUUUGGUUUUGUUUAAGUGGUUUUGCAUUUCUCUGUACAUUACUUUUGAACUACCUUAUAGAAUAAUACACGAGAGAUGCAUGGACGAACGUAUUGUAACCAUCUUCUGAACUUAUUGAGGAGAUAUAAAUGACUUGAGUAGCAGGACAGAUAAUAAGUGUUUUUCACAGAA